CCCUGAGGGACGGGCGCAUCAGCCGCGGGUUUGGCGCCCGUGGGACGGAAGGUGACGGGUACCAUGAUCCCAGAGGACGUCCAGAAGCUCCUGGAAGAUGCUGAGGGCUACCUGGCAGAUGGGCUGCAGAAUGAGAAGCUGAGUGCUAAAGCAAGAGAGCAGAGGGAUGCGAUUCUCCUUGGCUUCCAGCAAGUCAAAGCCAGGUACCACUUGGACUUUCUGCCUCGAGGAGAGGAUCAGUGUGAUGCUGGCUUUGGACAGGACAGUUGUGAUGAAAAUCAGAGCUGGGGUUUUGCCCCUUCCAUGACGUCUGAUGCUUCACUUCCAUCGGACUUGCAGGAUGAUGGAGGGGAGGAGAUGACACCCAGGUCCGUCCAAGAUACAGGGAACAUUUUGAAGCAAGGCUACCUGGAGAAGAAGUCCCGAGAGCACAGCUUCUUUGGGUCCGAGUGGCAGAAGCGCUGGUGUGUCCUCAACAGAAGCACCUUUUACUACUACGCCAGUGAGAAAAGCAAGCAACCUAAAGGCACCUUCUCCAUUGAGCACUACGGUGCCCGCCUGGCUCCCCAUCUCCGCAAGGACUCUCGGAGAAGAUGCUGCUUUGAGUUAACCUGCUCUGGCAAACGCACCUACGAGUUCACAGCCCCAAGCCCAGCAGAGGCUGAAGAAUGGGUGGAUCAGAUCCAGUUCCUCCUGAAGGACCUGAGCUCCUUCACUAUCCCCUGUGAUGAAGAGGAUGAAGAGGAGCUCUACAACGACGUGGACAGUUCUGAGUCUGUGACCACGGUAUCCCAUAAUACUACUCUGAAUCAAGACGGGCCAAAUGUUGAGAUGGAAGAGGAUGACAUCUAUGAGGUUUUGCCAGACGAGGAGCUCGAUCCCCCCUUCCCAGAGUACAGCAAGGACGCAGGGAGCAGGCAGAGAAGCGAGGGUCCCUGGCAGGAUUAUGCCCAUUACUACCAAGGCCUAUGGGACUGCAGCAGCGAGCAUCCCGACGAGCUCUCCUUCCACCGCGGAGACCUCAUCUACAUCCUCAGCAAGGAGUACAACGUGUACGGAUGGUGGGUUGGAGAGCUCAACAACGCGGUCGGGAUCGUCCCAAAGGAUUACCUGGCAGCUGCCUAUGACCUGGAGGAGCAAUGAGGAGCCAUCAGCCCAGGUGCUUCUCUCUCCUUGACCAUGCUGAGAUACCACUGACAGUGUCCCCAUCACCCUACAGGCACCCGUUGCAUGAAGAGACCCACGUCCCAUCACCAGAGCCCUGCCCUGUGGUACCCACAGCAGCGCCAUCAGGGCACAGUGGGGCACGGGGGGUGGCACCCCACAAUAAAGCCGUUCUCCUCUCCAUGUUUGGCUGCUCCAGUCUUUGCCGUGGGGCCGGAGCUGGGUGCAAGCAGCGCCUUUUCGCCCCCAGCCCCAGCUCUGAGCAUCCCCUGGUGUGGUCCAGGCCUGUUGGGAUCCCCACGGCCGAGGAUUAACCCGGUACAUCCCGAUCCUCCUCCUCCUCCUCCCGCACUUGGCUGAAGGGCCACUAGAUGGUGGUAGGUACCUGCAGACCGCGGCCUUCCCGGGGAGGGUGCAGAGCCCUCCCGGGGCUGCACCGGAGCAGGAGCAUCGCCCGCAGGGUGAGCCCGGGUACCGGCACCGGCGUGCGGGUGUUUGGAUGGGGGGGACCCGUUGGUGCCCGGUUCAGAACAGGCGGGGUUGUUGGACCUGGAGAAGAGAAGGCUCCUGAAGGGGAGACCUUAGAGCAGCUCCAGUGCCUAAAGGGGCUGCAGGAAACCGGGAGAGGGGCU